CGUGGUGGCGCAUGAGAAAACGUACUUGACGUUGAUGGCGAUGAGGCAGGAGGAGAAGGAAUCAUUGAGGAAGUAUGUCGCUCGAUAUAACCAGACAUGUUUGGAGGUGCAUUCGGCUUCAGAUGAGGUGAAGGCGGGAGGAUUGAUAAGAAGUCUUCGAGCAGGGCCUUGCCGAACUUCCCUGGCAAAGACCCCUGCUCGAUCAUAUGAGGAGGUCUUGAAGUGGUGCAGGAAGUAUAUUAAUCUGGAAGAAAUGGAGGUAGAAUUCGCGAAGCUGGAAGGGCCGGCUCGACCAGAGCCAAAGAGGGAGCAAAGCCCACCAAUAGGGAGGUCGCCGAGAAGGAGUACGCCCAAAAGAAGUAGGUCGAAAAAGAUAUCACCCAGCAUGGAAGGUCGGGAUUCGAAGCGAGAAAAAAGGGAUAACAGGUGGCAGGGAAGGCCGUUGUUGUUUGAGAGACAGAGGUAUCAUAAUUUUACACCCUUGAGGAAAUAUUUGACGGAGGUGCUCGAGGCUAUGGAGCAAAAUAU